CCAUCUAUUUUGACACAUGACAUGUGUUUAAUUUCAAUUUCGAGCCGCAAACUAUAAUAUUAAGAAAACAAAUCAAAACUAAUAUUAUCUUAGGCUCAGACAAUGGCUACUUAUGAUAAUAAAGUAUGGCUCUUAAAGAAUAUCCGAGAAGCAUUUAUUGCGACCGAUGAUACAGGUUUAUGUGAUAUUGUAAUGGGUGGUGAAGAUUUUUCGAAGAUAUUUCAAAAUAAAGCCAUCGAGGAAAAAAAGAAAUAUAAAGAGGGAAUUCUGUAUCAACCUAGCACCAGUAAGCUUAAAGAACUUAGUUCAGACUGUAGCGAUGAAAGAGAAUUGGUGACACAAUUUGACGCUUAUCCUGAUAUGGAAGAUAGUGAAGAAGAUGAUCUAGUUUGCGGUAGCUAUAUACGUCACGAAGAUUUCUUGCCUCACAGGCAGAGGUCAAACACAACAUUGUGGCUCGAUAAAAAGGAACAAGCUUUAAAGAAGGCAGCUAAAAUUAAAGUUAUAAAAUGGGAAGAUCCAACUACAAAACUUACAGAGGAACAAAUGGCAGAAACCUUUGCAAAGAUGGAGGUGAAAAAGAUUGAAAAGAAGAAAUCAUUAUUGGCUGAACAAUUGGAACAUUGCCCUGACCUUCCUCACCGCCAAUACCUUGAGUAUGCAAAGUUUGAUGGCACAGCACAACUAGGUCUGCCUAUAAAGUCAUUUAAAAUCUUUAUGACAAUGUUGCCAGAGAAACAUCAAAAUUAUCCAUUAGUGGUAUGUGUUAUUGCCAGCGCCAAAAUUAAAGAUUUGAUAGGAUUUACAUGCUAUAAAUACAGCAUUGAACAUCCAGAAAUAGCUCUUGGAUCUGUGAAUGAGUAUGGACUUUGUAUUGCGGAAGAUGAUGGAGAAGUUGACUUGGCAUUUCCCUGUUUGGACGCUAAUGAGCCCUGCUCUAAGUUUGGUUUUACAUGUCUUGGUCUAAUUGAUUUGAAAACAAAGAUCAUUAUAGACAGAGCAACAGAUUCGAUUCCUGAUUAUUCAGUGAUGAGUGGAGCUUUUCAUGUGUUCCCAAAAGCAUCAGAUUCAGGCCAAAGUCAUCAUAACACAUCCAGACAUAACACAGGAGGCAGCUCAACAUCAGAAGCAGUAAGAAGUGCUAUCAGAGCCGUUAAUGAAGAAAGAAAAGCAGGUGGAUUGAAUGUAGAUAAAAUGCAGUCUCAUAUAAUAGCAACAGAAGCACCGCAGUGUAAAGCUUACAAAGUACAUUUGUUAAGAAAAGUCAGAACUAAUACUCUGGUACAGUUGGUGAUAUCAUUAGAUAGGAUUGAAAUUGAACCUAUUGUCACACAUAAGCAUGCAUUUUGGUCAAGAUCUAAAUAUUUCCUGCACAGUAUAGACUCUGUGGCGUGGUGUCAGAUAUUAGAGUCAAAAGCUAAUAAAACCACUUUUAGGAUAGUUUAUUCAACUAGUCAUAAUACAUCUUUAAAUGACAGGACUGCAGGUAACCCAAAUUUCUUCCAUCCAAACACAACAUACAAAUGUCACGAUUUUGAAUGUGAUCACGAAACAGGCAAAGAAAUCGUUGAGAAAAUAAACACAAUAUUAGAUCUCAGGAAUAGUCCAUGCCGUAGAGAAUACAAGACUGCUAAAGAGAAAAAGUUACAAACCCGAAGAAGUUUUCACACAAAGCAAACAAGUUGAGUUCUAAAGACUGUUAUAGUGUAAAUAAAUGUUUAAAGUUCCUGAACAGUAUGGUUUCUUAAUGACUGAAGUGAACACAAUAACUGCCAUACAAGACAUAUAUAUUUAACAGUAUCUUUUGCUAUAUUUUCACAGGAAAAAAUUGUUUUAUGUGCAUUAAAUUACACAAACUACUUAUCUAUGUAAUUAUUAUUUCCUUCAGUUUAAAAAAGUGUUUUUAAUAAUACCAGUGGAUACUGAAACAUAUUUUUAUGUGUACUUGUAAAAGUUAAAAAUGGUGUAUCAAAUAUGAAAGAUUAAUAAUAAUGGCCUCGUUUAAAUACCCACCUUUCUAUUUAUAGAUAAAAUUAUAAAUGGAUCUUAGACUACCUAUGUGGUAUAUCUGUUUACAAGUAUUUUCCAAAUUAAAUAUAUGAAAUUGCUUCAUAUUCAGUUUACAAAUAUUCAAACAUUUAAUCUGAUUCAAAAUUAUAUAACUUUUAACAUGUAUGAAUAACAAAUGUCUUUAAUAGUACUAAAAUCUUGAAAAAAAUUAUAAUUUUGCUUUCUCUCAAAAACAACAAACUACAGAUAAAUAAGCAGUGUUAAAGCACUUUUAAGCUUAAAUCUUUUAUGUUAUUCAGUCAUUUAUAUGCU